AUGGAAGUGGUCACGGGGUUUCAACGAGCGAGGUCGAUUGGCAAGGCCCUCACCAAGGCUCGCCUGCAGGACGCGGUUCUGUGCAAUGCGGUGCAGCACAAGGGCAGACGCCUGAGGGAACCGCACAAUGGGCAGCAGGGCAGAUCACACGGGCAGAGAUGGGCCGAAUGCGCUGCAGCAAUAAUAGCCCCCAAAGGGGCUCGGGCUGCACGAGUUCCCAGCACAGGCGGGAAGCGGACGGACGGUGAGGACUUGUCGGCGUUGGGCAGAAGCGGUGCACGUCCCUUAAUGUUGGCUGCCUUGACAAGGCCUUGGCCCAAGCUACUGUUUGACCGCCGGCCGGUCAAGACCGCUUGUGGCAUGUGCCACAACGACGAGACCUGGGGUAGCCGACGCCAAGCUGAGUCUUUAAUUGAGUCACCACGCGCUAUUUCGCCGCCGGCGCGCGGCCAUGCCAGGCGAGCCCCCCGGCGGCCAAGCGAGAGCCGAGCCAACUCCCUCGACCUCGCACUCGUCGCGCCGAGUUGUGUCACAAAUGGGGCUGGUAGCGCGAUAUCGGACCUCCUCGAUCGUGCUCCUGUCGCUGCCCCAAUCGACCGGCGCGGUGCCGCUGCGUCUUUGCGGCCGCGAGACGAUGCAGGAGGCAGUGACUCCUCCCAACACCAGGGAGACGCGUCUUUUAUUCCCGUCACAUUGAUGAUGGGCGCCUUGGGACGUGUGGCCCAAGGCCGCGAAGCUGGACUCCUGGCGCGGGGAUUGGCUUGA